CCUCUCAUGAGUUCCUGUGAAACAUUUCGCAACACUCCACUACCCACUGCACUCAAACUAUCAUUUGACUUUGACUCAAGAGACUUCCCGUUAGUGUUUGCAGUCAGCGGCCAGAGUCCCACUUUGUUGAUUUAGUCACGAGGAUGGGAAACCUCGAACUGUUCUGCGCUCACCUGCUUGGCUUGUAUCUUAUAUUUUCUCAUCCUCACACGGAGGGCUGUGGGGACUUUGGUUCUCUGCCACCAAAACCAAACAUUCGUAAUUUUAAUGCCAAUCAAAGCCUUGUAGUGAGCUGGCCAAGGAACAGGGGAGCAUCGGAGAGCGACGUUUAUGAGAUCCAAAUCAGCCGCACAAAAAGUCGCACCAUUAUUUAUAAUAGAAAUGUGAGCGUACCUACUAGGGACUCGGGUUGGUCCACUUUGACGUGGAGCUCCGAUUUGCCGCUUGAGUGUGUCGAUCACUCAGUCAGGAUACGAAGUUUUUGUCAUCAAACCGCCGCCGGUCCUUGGAGCAACUGGGUAACCAUCCAUGGAGCCAGAGCAGCAGAUGAAUCCCUGAUGUUCCCUUCCGGACGGAUACUGAAAGAGGGAAGCUCUGCCACGCUCUGCUGUGUUCCCCCAGUGGGUGUAAACAUCACGGGUAUCACCUUGAGGAAGGUCUCCUACCCACUUCUGAACAUUGGAGAUGGGGUUCAGGCUAUUUUAAUGACCAAUCUGACAAUCCCAAACACCCUCAUCAAAAGACUGUUUUUCAGCUGUGUUGAUUCAACAGGAAACAGCAACGUAGUCGAGAACUUCAUCAGCUUUCCUCCUCAAAAGCCCAGAAACCUGAACUGCACAACCUCAGACAUGACGAGCAUCACCUGCAUGUGGGACCCCGGGAGGAAACGAGACCAGCAUGACCGCAAUAACCAGACACACAAACUCUACAUUGAGAACACAGGCCAGGCUCAUGUCUGCUGUCAGCCACCAUCCUGUACUUUCCCAGCUGUGCCACAGCAACAGGAAUACAACAUCCGUCUGAAGGUGGAGGACCAUCUGGGAGAAGAGACGGCAACCUACAGCUUCAAUAUCUCUGACAGAGUGUCACCUGUGUUGGAGCUGGCCAGAGUGAUCCCCGGGGUGACUGACGUCAGCUUGAUCUGGACCGUAGAAGGGAACCUGACCCAGAACAAACUCCUUUGUCAGGUUUCUGCAGCGAAUGACACCAACAGAGAGCUGCCUUGUAGCAGUGAGGAUGGUCUCUGUAAAGUGCGUCUGGAUGGCCUGCGUCCAAACAGGACUUACUCUGCUAAGGUGCGCUGUUCCAUCAAUGGGAGACUUUGGGGACAAUGGACCGAGCCUGUAUCGUUUACAACACUGGUAACCUUGGACUUAUGGAGGAGAAUAGAGAGCAAACCUGAUUCAGACAUUCGUAAUGUCACUCUGCUAUGGAAGCCUCCUGCUACAGCAACCCCAGUGAAGAUCCAAAGCUAUGCAGUCCAGUGGUCACAGGAAGGUCAAACUGUGGCAGAGCUGAAGGACAGCGGCCAGAGUCAGGCAGUCGUCCUGAUUGGUCCCAGCAGGUGUAACUUUACUGUUCAAGCUGUUCUCAGCACGGGGUCGUCCAUCUCAGCCCGCAUCAUCAUCCCGGCAAAGGACGACUCAGAAAUCCCUCCAGUGAAGAAGCGCCUGAACAGAACAGCUGAUGGUUUCCAUCUGUGGUGGAAUGAGCAAACUUCAGUCACCUGCGGUCACACCGUGGAGUGGUGCAUCAUGGGAAGCAAAGAACCCUGCACGCUGCAGUGGAUGAAAGUGCCUAAAGGAAACAACACUUUCUUACCUGCAGGAUAUUUCAAACCGGAAUUGAGAUAUUCAUUCGACAUUUAUGGAUGCACAGAUCAUGGAGACAAACUACUGGAGACACAGACUGGAUACAUUCAGGAGUCCAGAUAUGUGGAGCCCCCAAGAAUAAUACAACCUGUUAAAAGGACAUAUGCAUCCGUGACACUGGAGUGGCACUAUGACGAAGACGAUCCAGGCCAGCGGGCAUUCAUCACUGGUUACCUGGUAACAGUGCAGGAAGUGCAGACUGAUACUAGUUUAGGUCAUGCUGCAACUCUAUUCAACGUUUCCGUGAGCAAUCCCCGGCAAAAGUCAGUAACCAUGGAGGGUCUGCAGCAGGACCAGGAAUACGUCUGCUCUGUGAGGGCUCUGACUACAGUUGGGCCCGGAUCAACUGCCAGCAUUACCAUCAGGACCAAAGUUAACAAUUUUUCCCACUUAGCAAAGAUCUUGACUCCCAUCCUGCUCCUGCUGGGCUGCACCGUUCUGCUGUGGCCACAAAGGAAAAUGUUAAAAAAUGGACUGAGGGAGAUAUUUACUUAUCCUGCUGGUAUGAACAUCAAAACUCCUGAGUUUGAGAGCUUCUUGAAUGAGACUGGUCAGAAGUUGCAGUCUCAGAGAGAGGAAGAGUGCAUCAGCUGUGACAUUGAAGUCUUGACAGUCAAACCUUUCUGGCAUGAAAGCUCAAUCCUGACGGAUCCUGACGAUUCUUUCAGAUUGCAUCACGGCACAGCAGUGCAACGAAAGCAACUCACUUUACAGAUCAUGAUAAACACAGAGGGAACUAGAAGUUUUAUCUACAGGAUGUAAAGAGAGAGCAGGUAUGGGGGAGGACAGAUGCAAGCUGGAGAUUAGUUAAAACAGUUUCAAAAACUAGUCUGAACUGUCUUGAAAGUGAGAUUUAAUGUGAAAUGUUCAUCUUAACCACAGGCAAACCUUCUGGUUUUCAGGUCACACAAGGCAAUAAAACAUUUAAACUUUUAGUUGCAGAUUUAAUAUGAUGGUACGUGAAUGUACUGCUUUCCCCGGAAAAAGGGUGCAUUGCAUUGAGCAGGGGGUCAGUGACUCCAGCCAGAGGGAGAAACGUCCUUUCAAAGUAUGUUUGUGUUGGAAUGGACCAGUCAAAGCCCAGGCCUAAAUCGCAUUGAGAAUCUACGACGAGAUUUGAAAACUGAUGUUCACAGAUGGCUCAGCGUCCGACAUGUCUGAGACUGAGCUGUCUGGCGAAGAAGAACAGAAAAACAUUUUAGUCUGUAGCUGUGCAAAGCUGUUAAAGAGAUAGUGAACCACUGAAGCCCUGCAGCUUUAACUGCAGUGUGGUUUCAGAAAUAUGUGACACUUUGUGUUGGUCUACCACUUAAAAUGCCAAUCCAAUAUUUAAAAGUUUGUUGUAAAUACUUUUUGCAAAUAUUAAGUGCUUUAUGUCCCUGAAAUAAAAUCAGUUGUUUUUUGUGUUCUUUGGAGAAAAUACCAAUGGAAAAGAAAAGUUCAAUAGAGAGAGGUCACGACCUUCUGCUGAACUCAGUUCCUUGUUUGUAAAUCCUGUGACGAAGGGAUCAUCAGUUUCACUGUAAAUAAGUGUAAGUGUAAUACGGAAUAAUAAAGCCAUUGCUCGUUAACUUCUGCUGUGUAGCAACAGGAAACUCAGUAACAAGAUUCUUGUCUUUUAAAAUAACCAACAAGCUGCUGCUCUUGUACAUGAAGGGAUUUUGCAGGAAAGCACACAAAGCAGAGCAAUCAGCUCUGAAGGCCCGACUGCUCUGAAGCAAUCAGCUGUUAGUUCCAAAUAAAAUGAGUUACAAAUCAAACUAACAGGUUCAAAAUAAAACUGUUCGUUUCAUUUUGUGUUAAAUUUGUGUGCAAAGAACUCCAGGAAAAAAAACAAAAAAAAAACAACCUUUGAUCUUGUGUAUUUUUAUUUUCAGUAAGUAAUGUUUUAGACAAUGUCUUCCUGCCAAAAAAAAUAACCAGAAGGAACCAUUACAAUUUAACUACAGUUUUCACCGUUAGUGGCGUUGUACUGUGGACUGUUGCCCAAAGCAAAAGGCUGGUGCACAAGCUAAAUCCAUCAGUUAAUUGUGGCCUGAACAACUUUUCUAUUUUUAUACAUGGGUAUUUGACAUGCCAGUUGUUAAAUGGUCCUAUUUGCUACUGAGAAAAGAAAAAGUAAGUUAAAUGCUUUCUGCUCUGCAUCUUAUCCUGCCUCAGUAUCUCCGAUAACUUCUUGCGUUGUAGGGCAGCAAUAGGAAGGGCGUCGCUCAUGUUUGAGCCAACACUGUUUUCUACCAUGAAAUGUCUGAGGUUUAUCCGUUCAUCUGGCUGUUUUGCAAAUGAUUAAUGUUUUGCAAUCCCCAGAACAGAUGCUUAUCUUUCACGUUAUGUAUCAUUUUGUGCAUGAAAAGGAAAACUGCGUGCGAGUGUAACGCUAUUUAUGUCAUGUUAAAGGUACAUCUUGUGUCAAUGAAAAACAGCCAAAGUAUCAUGAGAGUACCAGGUUGGCAUUUACAAUACUUCUUUUGUGUGUGUGUGUGUGUUGUUGAAAUAAAAUGUAAUGCCCAACAAUUGCUCUAGAAUUCAAAUACAUAAUGCAUGAGGUUAUAUGAGCUUUUAUGGUAUUUUAUUUUAUUAAAAAAAUA